AUGUCUACAAUCACCGAGUCCGCGCGCAAAUCCAUGCCUUCCGCAUUGACCUUUGAGCGACACGCCAAUUGUUCUACAACCAAAGCCCGCGCCAGCACCCUCCACCUGCCGCAUGGCUCCGUUCCGCUGCCUAUCUUUAUGCCCGUCGCGACACAGGCAUCCCUCAAGGGCCUAACAUAUGAGCAGCUCCGGCAAACGGGAUGUAUGCUCUGUUUGAAUAACACAUAUCAUCUCGGCUUGAAGCCAGGCCAGGAGGUCUUGGAUGCAGUUGGUGGGGCGCAUAAGCUGCAGGGCUGGGACCGGAAUCUCUUGACCGACAGCGGAGGAUUUCAAAUGGUCUCUCUUCUCAAGCUGGCUACGGUCACAGAGGAAGGGGUGCGGUUUCUUAGUCCGCAUGACGGCUCGCCAAUGCUUCUCACUCCGGAGCACUCGAUUUCUCUUCAAAAUUCUAUUGGUUCUGAUAUUAUUAUGCAGCUAGACGAUGUGAUUGCCACUACGUCCCCUGACCAUGCUCGCAUCAAGGAAGCUAUGGAACGAUCUGUGCGGUGGUUGGACCGAUGUAUCGAGGCGCACAAGUAUCCUGAACGACAGAACCUUUUUUGCAUUAUUCAAGGUGGUCUGGAUCUUGAGCUCCGAAAACAGUGCUGUGCUGAGAUGGUUGCACGAGAUACCCCCGGUAUUGCUAUUGGUGGUCUCUCGGGUGGCGAGGCGAAAGAGGAGUUCUGCAAGGUUGUGGACACAUGUACAGGACUGCUUCCGGAAGAUAAGCCCCGCUAUGUAAUGGGUGUAGGGUACCCCGAGGAUAUAAUUGUGGCCGUGGCAUUGGGAGCAGAUAUGUUCGACUGUGUGUGGCCGACACGAACUGCGCGUUUUGGUCAAGCCAUUGUUUCGUCCGGUACAUUGAAUAUCCGCAAUAAGGAGUUCGCCCAAGAUUUUGGUCCCAUUGAUAAGGAUUGCACCUGUGCUUGCUGUCGCCCAACUGAGCAGGGCGGCCUUGGAAUCACGCGUGCAUACAUGUACCACGUGGCUGCGAAAGAAACGGUUGGCGCUCAUCUACUUACAAUCCAUAACGUCCACUUUCUAUUGUCUUUGAUGAAUUCUGUACACCAAGCCAUCCGAGAUGACCGAUAUCCGGACUUUGUGCGCCAGUUUUUCUCCAAUCAGUAUAGUGGUGACAAGUCCAAGUAUCCUGAAUGGGCUGUGGGUGCCCUCCGCGGUGUUGGGCUAGAUCUACUAGCAGAUUAG